GAGAUUGCCGAGAAGAUGCACUUCUUCUACUUCUUGGUGUAUCGGUACGGAGUAUGUGUACCCUCCACCUGUCAGCGUGAGGACGUUGAGAAAAUCGCCUCAAGCCUGGCAAAGACUGCUGAAUUUGAAGUCAAAGUAUCGCGUUGCGAGGUUAAGCAAGAUGGAGCAAACCUGAAUCAAGAUCAGACGACCAUCGUUACCAUGGUUGUCAUCUUAAUGGUGAUAGUUCUACUCUCGACGGCGGUGGAUGGGGUUAGAGAAGCAAGGAAGCAACCAGACAAAAAAGACAACGCCAGAGAAUCGUUUCUGUCGCGUUUCACGACCUCCUUCUCGUUGAUCCGGAGCGUGAAGAGCGUGUUCCGCUCCAACACCAGCCUGGGACAUCUGAACGCCGUGCACGGAUUGCGGACCCUCAGCCUGCUCUGGUUCAUGCUGGGACACAUCUUCCUCUUUCUCAACUACCAGUUUUUCCGAAACCUGAUGAUCGCGGUGGGUUUCGCCAAGGACUUCUCCUUCCAGAUGAUCAUCAAUUCCACCCUUGCCACAGACACAUUAAUCUUUCUCAACGGCUUCUUGUUUGGCUACCAUGGUCUGGUCGACCAUGACAUCACCAGAAAGCGGAGACAGCCCUUCUUCAACACUCUGCACAAGGCGUACAGAGCUGCAGUUGCAAUGCUGCUGGCUACUGCGGUGGCGAUGCUUCUUCCAGUCAUCGGCUCUGGUCCCAUGUGGAAGGAGACAAUGGACACAGUGGCCAGCAACUGUCGAACCAACUGGUGGCUCAACAUUCUCUUUGUCAACAACCUAUUCGUUUCGCCGCAAGAUAGGUGCUUGGAAAUAACCUGGUACUUCGCAGUGCUCAUCCAGCUCUGCCUCGUGGGUACGCUGGUUAUUUUUGUGAUUCAAAAGCAUUUCUUCAUGGGCAUGUUCCUGAACGCUGCUCUUAUUGGUGCUGGGGUUGUGUCCAUGGGCCUUUUGACCGCCGCCUAUAAGCUGCCGCCAACCGUGCUCUUUGCUCAGGCGGACAUAGAGGCACGCCUUGUGAUGGAGAACGUCAUGUACCAAAAACCAUACGCUCAUCUUGGUCCUUUCUGCAUUGGCAUUGGCUUGGCCUGCAUUUUGACUAGGAAGCCCGUGGUGACGUUGAACCCUGUGCUCAGAACGCUCGGCUGGGUCUGCUCUUUCCUCUGCGCCGUGGCGGUGCUGUUCGGCGCCUACCGGUGGAACUGCGGCGAGGGUCUGGGCACAGCACAGGUGGCUCUGUACGCCGCCGUCCACCGCACCGUGUGGGCGCUCUCCAUUGCUUGGGUGACCUUCGCCUGCGCCACUGGAAAAGCAUGGCUCGUGGGUGACUUCCUGUCCUGGUCCGCCUUUGGUCCACUGAGCCGCCUGGCGCCGCUGGUGUUCCUGCUUCAUCCACUGGUGCAGAACGUUUUCACCGCUUACGUGCGGGAGCGUGUGCAGGCUGACCAGCUGAUGGCCCUGUUCCUUUUCUGUGGCCUCAUUGUCAUGGGCUACCUCGGAGCAUUCCUGUGCAGCAUUAUCACCGAUGAGCCCCUGCACGCCCUCGAGCAGAUCAUGUGCGAGAAGAUGGGAAUCAUUGCCGCAAAGGACGGGUGCCCUCGAAGGUUCCUAGAAGUCGCCAAGCCAGUGCUGAAGGCCCUUCCUUUGCCCAGCUGCACCAAAAUCACCAUCCUCGGGGAGAAGAUGCACGCCGACGGCAAGCCCAGCGGCGACUGUAGACUGUAGCAGCUCGCGUCUUCAAGCACUACCGCUUGUCAUUCGCA